GGUCAGCAGGUGAAUGCUCGACCUAAGGUGAGAUCCUGCUGACGUAGUAAUAGUUUAACAAUAGAAUAGAAGAUUAGGGCUGGUCAACAGGCUGGAACUUUGUCUUAUUAUACAUUAAAACCACUUCUCGCCAUUAAAUCAAAUCAUUCGUUGCAGUGUUUUCAUGAAAGUUAGUUGCCUAUGAAUUUGAUUAUAAACAUUUUACUCGUGUGGCACCACCUCCAAUAUACACAAUUCCGUUUCCUUGGAUAUGUAUCGACGAGCCUGAUUGUCUACAUGAAGUGUUUAUAGAAACUUUGAUGAGGUUAUAAAUUACAAGGCGAUCUGGAUUCAGCACAUAGUUCUCGUUAGUGCAUCAAGGGAUAAACAUCGUUUACAGUCAGUGAAUCACAAUGUCUAGUAUAUCAUCUUUAUUGAAUGGUGAUGGAGGUGUUCAACUCAACAUGGAUUUUGAUGAAUGUGAAAUGGACGCUGCUACUAUUUUCUUCAAUAGCCCUGGGGGACCCGUUGCCUCUGAGUCUAUGACGUCAGGAUAUCAGUCGUUUGAAGAAGAUAGCAAUGCCUUGUGCGGGGGUCCAGACGUCGACAUGGAAAUGGAAGAUAUAAACUGUUCACCUACAUCUGAGGAGUUUCAGCUUCGAAAACCGACUGGUCUUCGUAGAAGUCUGUCCUUAGACAUGAGAAAACGGAUGACAGAAAACGAAUUUACAUCCUCACCAACGUGUUUUCGUCAACCAAGUAAGUUUGUUCCAAAGAUGAUAAAGGAAGAAAGGAUAGAUGAAGUUGCAGAAGGAGAAAUGAAGGAAAGAAAAGAAGAAAUUAAAUCGGCCGUUGAUAGAUUAUCAGACAGUGGAGAAUUGAUAGCUGAUUGUAGCAGACCAUACACUCUUCCUACUAUAUGUGGCAAGCAUAAAGACCUCAAAUCAAUCACACCUCAGACACUCGCAGAUUUACUUAGUGGCAAAUAUAACGGAUUUACUAGCGACUUUAGAAUUAUUGACUGUAGAUAUCCAUAUGAGUAUAAAGGUGGACAUAUACAAGGGGCAGAAAAUAUUUACACAAAAGAAUCAAUUGAUGCUGAAUUACAUCGUACGGAAAAAGACAGACCUAAAAUUAUCAUCUUCCAUUGUGAAUUUUCUUCGCAAAGAGCCCCUAGACUAUUACGGUAUCUUAGAUCACAAGAUCGGUUGUUAAAUAGCUACAAUUAUCCAAGUUUAUAUUACCCUGAGGUGUACAUUUUAGAUGGUGGUUACAAGGCUUUUUAUGAACAAACAGAGGGUUUAUGCCAACCUCCAACAUAUACACCGAUGCUCCACCAAGAUCACAGCGCAGAUUUACGCCACUUCCGAGUUAAAUCGAAGUCAUGGACAGCAGGAGAAAAACCGAGAGAAAAACAAAGAGAAAAAUGUUUUAGCCGAUCUCGACCUAUCAGAUUUUAAGAUUAUUUAUUUUUUGUUAUUGAUUUUAUCAAUUGUUGUUAAUUGUCUGUUAUUGCCUAUUUAUUUGUAUAGUGUAAAUAUAAACUUAUUUAUUUGAUUG